UAUACAGUCUUCAAAACUGUUCUUAGUAUUCAUUCGUGUGUGUUAGAGAGAGAGAGAGAGAGAGAAAGCGAGAGGGAGCGAGCGAUGGGAGACAGUUCGAUGGGAGCGCUGGUGCCGUCGGUGAAGUUGGAGCCGGCGGCGACGUCCGACGCAGCAGGCGAAGUGUCGGCUUCAGCUCCCGGUCCGGCGCCGGCGGAGAAGGAGGCGGCGGCGGAGAUGGGGGCGGUGGAGCUGGACAAGGACUUCCUGUGCCCUAUAUGCAUGCAGAUCAUCAAGGACGCGUUUCUGACGGCUUGUGGCCACAGCUUCUGCUACAUGUGCAUUGUGAGACACCUUCACAACAAGAGUGACUGCCCUUGCUGCGCUCACUAUCUCACCACUAACCACCUCUUCCCCAAUUUUCUGCUCAAUAAGUUAUUAAAGAAGACAUCUGCUCGCCAAAUAGCAAAAUCUGCAACCCCUUUUGAACAGCUACGUCAGGCACUGCAACAGGGUUUUGAGGUGUCAGUUAAGGAGCUAGACAGCCUCUUGUCUCUACUUGCUGAGAAGAAGAGAAAAAUGGAGCAAGAAGAAGCUGAGACAAAUAUGCAGAUUCUCCUUGACUUUUUGCAUUGCCUAAGGAAACAAAAGCUUGAAGAGCUCAAUGAGAUACAAAAUGAUUUACGGUACAUUAAGGAGGAUAUAAAUGCUGUAGAGAGACGUAGAAUGGAGUUAUAUUGGGCAAAAGAGAGAUAUCCAGUGAAACUGAGGAUGCUUGUGGAUGACCCUUCUGCAACAAAGGCAUGGCCUUCAUUGAUUGAUAGACGUAACCAGUCUAAUGUCCCAGUUAUACAGGGCCAAUGCCCGAUGGGUGCAGGCAAUCUACCAAACAGAAAAGCUGACCUAAAGGCUCUUGUAAGCUCUAAAAUGGUUGACAGAAAGGAUGCACACAGUGGGUCUGAUAUACAACAUGUUACUCCAGGACUUGCUGUAGCUAGGAAAAGGAGGGUCCAUGCACAGUUCAAUGAUCUACAAGAGUGUUACCUGCAAAAGCGACGACAUUGGGCUAGACAGCCACGUAAACAGGAACAAAAGGACACAAAUUCCAUGAAUAAAGAGGGCUAUCAUUCAGGGCUUGAGGAUUUCCAAUCUGUGCUUUCUACUUUUACACGAUACAGCCGACUGAGGGUCAUUGCUGAACUUAGGCAUGGGGAUCUUUUCCACUCUGCCAAUAUUGUAUCAAGCAUAGAAUUUGAUCGGGAUGAUGAGUUAUUUGCAACUGCUGGAGUGUCAAGGCGCAUCAAGGUUUUCGAAUUUUCUUCGGUGGUGAAUGAACCAGCAGAUGUGCAAUGCCCUGUUGUAGAAAUGUCCACGCGGUCCAAACUUAGUUGCUUGAGCUGGAACAAGUGCACAAAAAACCAAAUAGCCAGUAGUGAUUAUGAGGGAAUAGUAACUGUCUGGGAUGUAACUACUCGACAGAGCAUCAUGGAGUAUGAGGAACAUGAAAAGCGAGCAUGGAGUGUAGAUUUUUCACGCACUGAUCCUUCAAUGCUUGUAUCUGGGAGUGAUGACUGCAAGGUCAAAAUUUGGUGCACAAAGCAGGAGAAGAGUGUGCUUGGUAUUGAUAUGAAAGCAAAUAUAUGUUCUGUCAAGUAUAAUCCAGGAUCCAACCUUCAUGUUGCAGUAGGUUCUGCUGAUCAUCACAUUCAUUAUUACGACUUGAGGAAUGUCAGCCAGCCGCUGCAUGUUUUCAGUGGGCAUAAAAAAGCUGUUUCUUAUGUAAAAUUUUUGUCCAGAAAUGAACUUGCAUCUGCAUCCACUGACAGCACAUUGCGCUUAUGGGAUGUCAAAGAAAAUAUACCUCUGCGCACGUUCAGAGGCCACACAAAUGAGAAGAAUUUUGUUGGUCUUACCGUAAAUAGCGAAUAUAUUGCAUGUGGCAGCGAAACAAAUGAAGUUUUUGUCUACCACAAGGCUAUCUCCAGGCCUGCAGCUUGGCACCGGUUUACAUCUUCAGAUCCUAAUGAAGCUGAAGAUGAUCCUGGGUCAUAUUUCAUUAGUGCUGUAUGUUGGAAAAGUGAUAGCCCAACGAUGCUAACUGCUAAUAGUCAAGGAACAAUUAAAGUGCUUGUACUUGCUGCUUGAAUGGAUGAAAGAAGUCAUGGAAAUGAAGGAAACAACUUGGCCCCCGAUGAUCCCUGCAUGCAAAUAAUAUCAUGAGACAGCAGCAUCGAGUAUGAACUUUGAUUUGUAUUUCAUGGAAUGUAAAUUUACUGUUGCGCAUCGCGUAGCUUGGUGUUCAACCAUGCAUCCUUUCAUGGUUGCAAAUGAUCAAGUUAAUUGCUGCACUGCACAACAACCGGUUGGAACCUUCUCCAUUGGGAGUUGAUGGAAUGGUGUUGGAUUGACGAGAAUUGUAAUUCCAUAAGAUCAGUAGAGAGAGAUUGAUGAUUGCAGAUUAAAGACAGAAUGUGCACUGCGUAGUGUCAGUCAGUCAAAACAGACAAAAAUCAAUUCAUUGA